AUGUCAUAUAAUCCCUAUCGACUGAGGAAUUACGGGGGAGGAUACGCAAAUAACGGUUAUCGACAACGACAUUAUUAUAGUGAUUAUAAUGAGAAUUCCCAUCAUUCUUCAUACCGUGAUCAAUAUAGCAGAAAUGGGACUUAUUCUGGAAGUAAUGGGCGUUACUACAAUUCAGGUACGAGUCGAAAUGCUCCACCACCAAGUUCAUCAGCAUAUUCGUCGGAUUCGUCGUCACGUACUUACCCAAACUCGUCUAGUUCAGGUCCAACAAAGAUCCCAGUGGGGCCCAAAUCAUUGACAAUAGAUGGUUCUACAAAUGGAGACCUGCCAACAUCGGAAACUCAGAAGCAUAAUAAGCCCCCGGCGAAUGAAGUGAGCGGGACUGAUCCUACUACAGGUGUUAAUCCAAAUGAUUCGAAUUUUACGCAACUUUUACUUCACCAGGAUCUACUGAAACAAAUUGAAUUUUCAAGCGAAAUAGACCCAAAGAGAAACUACAAAGUGAUAUACGACCCGGAGUUAGAUAAAUCACUUUCCAAAGCAGAGCGCAAGACCAAGCAGAAAAAAAUUAGGUUUAAUGGGGAAUCACUUUCUAGCCAUGAUAUCACUGAUCCAAGAAAAUCAAGUUCUGGGAGCACAUCAGCAUACUUCCUUAAGCCAAAUAAAAAAUCAAAGAAAUUUCCCUUUAAGCAAUUACCGCAACCUAAGUUCGUUUACGAUAAAGAUUCUUUAGGACCCCCGCCACAGAAUGAAAUAGUUGUGUGGGACUUACCAUCAACAACAAGCGAGGUUUAUUUGAGUAAUUUUUUCAAAAGUUAUGCUGAUCCAAUUAAAGAUUUGAAAUUCAUUAAUGAUCCCUUGAAUGCUGUUCCGUUGGGUAUUGCUACAUGCAAAUUUCAAGGAAACCCAGAUAAGUCAAUGCGUAUUGCGAAGAAGUUUAUUGCUAAUGUCAGAAUAAACCAUACCAAAAUAGAUGGUGCUGAAUUAAAAAUUGCCCUUAAUGAUAACGAUAAUAAGUUAUUGGAUAGUAAAAUAAAGGUAGCACGGGAUAAGUUGCGACUUUCAAGACUUAAAAUCGAAGAAGAAGAGAAAAAGCGACUUAAAAAGCAACAAGCAAUUGAAGACCAAAAGAGACGGGAAAUAGAAAAGGCAGCGAAAGAAAAGAAAUUGCAAGAAUCUGCAAAUUCUUCGCAUGAAUCAAGAUUCAAACCUAAUACAACAACAUUAUCAAUAAGACAUCAUAACGAAGUUAUUCCUGGCGUGUUUUUACCUAGGGAAUUAAGAAAAUACAUUAAGGAUCGUCCUUAUAUUUUUAUAAACGAUAAGUAUGUGCCUAUUAGGAAAGUUUCAUCCCAAGAUAUUAAAAAGAUUCUCAACAAGUACGAUUGGACGAGAGUCCUUCCUGAUAGAUCCGGUUUUUUCGUUGUAUUCAACUCAAUAAAGGAAUGUGAAAGAUGCUUCAUAAAUGAAGACGGAAGAAAGUUUUUUGAAUAUAAAAUGUUUAUGGAAUUAGCAUUGCCCGAAAAUUUCAAUGAAAGCUCCUCGCUGACUUCUAAUAAUGAUAACCCUGAUUUAUUUGCAUCCAAUAGGAAACAGAAUGAUGUUGUGGAAGAAGCAAGUAAUAUGUUGAUCAAGGAAUUUCAGAACUUCUUAGCUAAGGACAUCAGGGAAAGAGUCAUUGCACCUGUUGUUCUUGAUUUAUUAAGCCAUGAUAAAUACCCAAAAUUGGUGGAAGAACUCAAGGCUAAAGAAUUGGCCACUAAGAAAGCAGCAUCACCUAUAAUCACUAACGCUGUACGUCAAGUUAAACAGAAGCCUAAUGUGUUGUCUUCUCUUGCUAUUAAGAGCAAACCCCAAGCAAUAUUACCAAGCUUUAGAAAAAAGAAGGAUUUGCCAAACACUGGGUUAAAUUCAGCUAACAAAGCGAAAAAGAAUGUAAUUCCAAUGCAACAUGCGCUUAAUUAUGAUCACGAAUCUGAUGAAUCAGACGAGGAUGAUUCGACUAGAUCAACUACUCCUUUAACUCCAACAUUGAAGAGAGAGCGAAGUCCGACUGUUAGCAGUGUGAGUAAUGAUAACGAUAUUGAAGAUAAAUUGGAAGACAUUCAAAAACCUCUGAAAAAGAAGCAGAAGAAAACAAAAUUGCAUCAAUCAUUCUUGUAUGAUUCAGCUUCUGAUGAAGAUGUGGAAGCUGUUUCAGAAGAAAAGGAGGUAGAAAAGGAUGAAAGUGAAGGUGAAGACAUAGAUUAUUCUCAUAUCGAUAAAAUUUAUCAACCUACAGAAGAUUAUCCACGGCCGGUAUAUGAAGAAGUCCCAAGGUUUCCUAGUGACCCGCUUGAUUUGGAUGCCUUACAAAGUAUCAUCAAAGAUGAUGAAGACAUCACAUUACUUCAAACGGCAUUGGAUGAUGUUACAUCUGAAUCGGAUAUAAAGAAUAUGGAAUACUGGGCUUGGAAGCAGAAGGAUAUUAAAGCUAAGGCAGGCGUCCAAGAGAUUUCUGAGGAUUUAGAAGUCAUAGGUCCAUUGGAUUCUCGAUUCGACUCAAAGAGUGGUGCAUUCAAGAGUGAAGGAUACAGAAAGAUUCCUGAUGCCGAUAAAAUUGAGUAUCUUCCCCAUCGUCGUAAGAUUCAUAAACCAAUUAAAACUAUUCAACAUGACGAUGAUGAAUCGAAUGCUAACAAUUCUACAACGAACAAUAAUAAUAAUAAUAUUCAAAGUUCUCGUGUCAAUAGAGCUAAUAACAGAAGGUUUGCUGCUGAUAUCAGUGCGCAGAAGCAAAUGCUUGGAAGUGAAACAGAUAUUUUAAACUUAAAUGCUCUUACUAAACGUAAGAAGCCUGUUUCAUUUGCCAGAUCUGCUAUUCACAACUGGGGAUUGUAUGCGUUGGAACCAAUUGCAGCUAAGGAAAUGAUCAUUGAGUAUGUUGGUGAGAGUAUCCGUCAACAAGUUGCAGAACACAGGGAAAGAAGUUAUUUAAAGACAGGAAUAGGCUCGUCAUAUCUCUUUAGGAUCGAUGAAAAUACAGUGGUAGAUGCCACUAAAAAGGGUGGUAUAGCAAGAUUUAUUAAUCAUUGCUGUAACCCAAGUUGUACUGCUAAAAUCAUUAAAGUCGAAGGUAAGAAAAGAAUUGUUAUUUAUGCAUUACGUGAUAUUGAAGCUAAUGAAGAGUUGACUUAUGAUUAUAAGUUCGAAAAGGAGACCAACGAUGCUGAGCGUAUUAGAUGUCUAUGUGGUGCUCCUGGUUGUAAAGGUUACUUAAACUAA